UGGAGGCGGCGCGGGGCUCCCUCUGACGGGCCGCGGCGCGCCAGUGCUGGGCUGGCUGCCGGCCGUAGAGCGCGCCCUUACCCGCGCCCGUCCCCGCGCCACACACCCGCGCUGAGUGCGUAACGAACAGGACUCGUCGGGCUCGAGCAACUGGAUCUAGCGAACGUUCAAGGGCUGCGGUUCAGUUCAUUCACACGGGAGCGCAGCUGCGCCGGCGCCGCGGGCGCGACAUGAGUGUGACACACUUGCCGACACACCAUCCCGCGCCCGCGGAGCGAUAACCGACCUCCGCCGACGUGCCAAGUUUCGAUUUCAUCGCUCUCACUCCGCAGCCGCACGUGAGGUGCAGCACACGCCGCCGCGGCCGCGCUCACACCGCCGCACCGCCGCACUGCCGCACUGCCGCGCGACACGCCGGUGAUGCAACCCACCUGACCGAACACUGGCACCAUUGACCGCAAUACACAUUCCAAAUUGGAAUCUGACGUUUGUGUGACAUGGCGCACAUAGACGUACGAAUGUAAAUAAACAAACAGUGAAAGUUGAUAAUCUGAAAGUUUAGUGUAAGGAUAGAAAGUGUAGUUUAUUAGUGAAACAUGACGUCGCGUUCGAAGGAAAAGGUGGCGGCUGCGUUCCGCAAGCUGUUCCGGUCCCCGGAGAAGCUGGACAACGAGGGCGCUGGCCCCAGCGGCUCGCCCGCGCGGCGGGGCCUGCUGCGCCGACACAGAGAUGGCGUGAGUCCGGCAGAGGCGACGGCGAGCCUCCCCGCGAGCCCUGGAGCGACGGCCCUAGCCAAGAAGAAGGGCGCGGGUACCAGUGACGUGCGCGAGAGAGCCGCCGCCGUGCGCACGCGCCGGCUCAUGAAGGAGCUCAAAGAAAUACAGCGGUUACAGGACAGCAGGCCUGAUCCAGUAUUUACGGUGGAGUUGGUAGGCGACAAUCUGUUUGAAUGGCACGUGCGCCUGCACCAGAUAGACCCGGAGAGCGAGCUGGCGGCGGACCUGCGCGAGCUGCACAUCCCCAACAUUCUGCUGCACCUCGUCUUCCCGGAGAACUUCCCCUUCGCGCCGCCCUUCAUGCGCGUCAUCGAGCCCAGGAUAGAGAAAGGCUUCGUAAUGGAAGGGGGCGCAAUCUGCAUGGAGCUACUGACGCCGCGCGGUUGGGCGUCUGCAUACACAGUUGAAGCGGUAGUAAUGCAGUUCGCAGCGUCUGUGGUGAAGGGGCAGGGCCGGGUGGCGCGGGCGCCGCCGCGGCCCUCCCGCGAAUUCUCUCGCCGACGGGCCGAGGAAGCCUUCCGCUCCCUCGUCAAGACCCACGACAAGUAUGGCUGGGUCACGCCGUCGCUUUCUGACGGUUGAAUCGAUGAAGGUGUAGCUGAUCAGUUGUAAUGCAGAAUGGAUCUCCUUUAGUUAAACCUUAUAAAUAAUUUUAGUCGUAAUUAGUGCAAAUUUUAAUAAUGCUCUCAUCUGUGUGUUAGUGUUCCACGCAUCAACAUACUCCGCCGUGGAAAUACGAAUAAUUAAGUAAUUACAUGUACUUGAAAUUAAUUAUUUUAUAUUUGAGUAUGGAGCAAAUUGAGGAAUUCCAGAUGAUUGUAUACAAAGACAUGGUUUACAUACAUGCCAUAGUUUAUUGUAUAAUGUGAAUACAAUAAGUGUGCUUUGAAAAAGUAUCCUUUAUCCUAAACAUAGUUCAAAGCAUUAUCUUAUUCUUUUAUGUGGUAAAAAUAAAUUGUAGUCAUAGUUUCAAUGUAAAUAAACAAUUUUGUGCCAAUCGCAUGACGUGCCUGCGUCUGUCGCUCAUUAUACGAAGUAUAUUUUAAAAGCUUUACUUGUAUUAAAUAAUGCAAAUUAAAACUGAAUGAUCAAGAUGUUUUUAACCACACAGUCCCACUUAAAAGCUUUUAAUCAAAUGUUUUAAAGGAAUGUUUCCGUCCCAAAGUCAUUUAAUCAUUUUUUAUAAUAUAGAUUAGUAUUUAAAAAUUUCACCAAAAAUUCUAAAAGUAAUUCACAAUUCAUGUUUUACCUACAGUUUUGUAUGAAUGUACGAAUAAAUAUUUUAAUAAUACUAUUUCCCUGGCAUAAAUGUAAUUUUAUUACUAUAAUAACCAUGCUAUUAUCUGCAUGCUUCAUAUAAUUGUAGUAAGUCAAAUUACUUGUUACUUCCAGACGUUUCAGUGAGUAGUCAAGAGCUCAAAUUAUAGUAGAUAAUUCUUGAAAUGUGAAUCGAAGGCUUGUGGUAACGUAAAAAAUAUUGUAAAACUAAAUUAGAUACUUAGAAAAUUGAUGUUGUUUUGUUUGGUAAACCAAAGAUGUUUAUUUUUUAACUCCAUUCAGUGCAAGAUGUGUAUUUAUACCAGAAUUAUAUGUACAAUGUUAUGGAUGUAAUAAAUUACCUGCUCAA